CGGUUUCGAGAAGCCAGAAACAGAAGGAGAAGGAGCAGAGAAGUAUUAGUAAGUUCGUCGUCAUCGCCUCCGCAAUUCGCCGCACGCUCCUCAUUUAUCAUCGCCACCUGCCCCCCGCGCAAGAAGUCAAAAUGCUCCUCCCCUUCUCCGCCGGAACUUCUCUCUCCGGGAAGAGCUCCUGAAGGAUUAUCCUCUCGCUCCGAAGCGCUCCCCCAUCGUCGCAGUCCCGCUUCGGUCGGAGGAAGGAGGAGGAGGAGGAGGAGCGGCGGCGGCGGCGGCGGCGGCGGCAUGGGGAAUCGGUUCAUAUGCAUGGCGAAGAAGGAGGCGAAGGAGAGCGGGAACGUGUCGCGGAGCAAGAGGAUGGCCGCCGGCCGGUCCCAGAGGAAGCUGGUGGUGGAGGAGGAGCUCCUCCAUCGCCAGGCUCUCUCCAUGGCCCUGCACCAGUCGCAGAGGUUCGACGGAUCCAUGUCCCGCCGCAUCAACGGCAACACCAGCUCUCGCAGGCGCGCUCUCCCCGAUCAAUUCCCCAACGGAAAACCGGUAGCAGACUUUCUGGAAGGUGUAAAAUGGAAGAAAGUUGUCCUGAUACAUGGAGAAGGGUUUGGAGCUUGGUGCUGGUAUAAGACGAUAGUUCUUUUAGAGGAAGUGGGACUCAUCCCCACAGCCAUCGAUCUCACAGGUUCUGGUAUUGAUACAACUGAUACUAAUAGUGUCAGCACGCUCGCAGAAUAUUCAAAACCACUGAUUGACUAUCUGCAGAACCUUCCAGAGGAUGAAAAGGUAAUAUUGGUUGGUCACAGCAUUGGUGGUGCAUGUGUUUCUUAUGCUUUGGAGCAAUUCCCAGAAAAGAUUUCUAAAGCAGUUUAUGUUUGUGGUACAAUGGUGGCUAAUGGUCGGAUGCCUUUUGAUGUAUUUGCUGAAGAGCUUGGCUCUGCAGAACUCUUUAUGCAAGAAUCGAAGUACUUAAUAUAUGGGAAUGGAAAGGACAAGACUCCUACAGGAUUUCAGUUUGAGAAAAAUCAAAUGAAGGGAUUAUACUUUAAUCAAUCCCCUGCUAAGGAUGUUGCGUUGGCCAUGGUUUCGAUGAGACCUAUUCCGCUGGGGCCUAUAAUGCAAGAAUUAUCAUUGUCCCCGGAAAAGUAUGGUACUUGCCGUCGGUUCUAUGUUCAGACACUGGAUGAUCGUGCCCUUUCUCCCGAUGUGCAAGAGAAGCUGGUGCGAGAAAACCCUCCAGAAGGCGUCUUCAAGAUUAAAGGCAGCGAUCACUGCCCGUUCUUCUCAAAACCACAGUCGCUGCACAAAAUUUUAGUGGAAAUUGCUCAAAUUCCAUAGAACUACGUGGUGCCUUUUGUUUCUCGCCUUUAUCCUAGAUGAUUGGAGCCAUCCAGUUAUCUAAUUCUAAUUCAUCCAGGGUCAUCGAGCUACGUAUACAGAGGGGCGAGUUCUAUUGUACCGCGUUUAUUUCCCUGUGGCGGUGAAAGAAUGUUAAAGCUUCGAGUGGCCAUCGUCUAGGCUGUUUAGUGUGACGAAUCUAGUCGGCAUUUAUACUAUGUAAAUGUGUAUAAUCAAUUUGAUUAAUUUAGCUGUAAGGUUCCUUUUUGUUUUUUGGCCUUCAAUUUAGCUGUAAGUUGAGUAUGUAUACUGUGCCUUCUCUUUUAUUAAAGCUUAUAAUUUCUUCGUC